GCUGUACACUAUCUGAAUUGGGCCUCAGCAUUUCACCAAUGGCGGCAGCAUUGAGGUCGUUCCAUGACUGCAUGGCAUCCAAGGUGGUCCUGCGACAGCAUUACAGGUUGUCUCGUGACAGCAGCUUACAUCAGCAAACGGAUAUUAGAGCUUAUCUUCCACCCGAUUAGACUUGCGUAGGAAUAAACGGCCCGAUGCCUUCGGAAGACGACUACCCCUUUAGACUCGUUACUGACUCUGACAAACUCCCGUACGCUGACGUUGAUGUGGUCCCAAAGCAAGAAUCAGGGUCGUCGGAUGAUAGUGGCUUACAGUAUUUUUUCAGUCGUCGAGCAAUUUCCACCCAACGAGGCUCGUUGAUUCGUGACGUGUCCCACACCAUUCAGGGGGUCUCUCAUACCAACGGCUCGCGUGAUGAGGGAGGCUCGUUAGAUUUCAGUUGUCAACAGAGAGUUUUUGAGAAUUCUCAAAAACACCCUGCAAAAUCAAAGAUUUCAGUUGUCAACAGAGAUUUUAACCGCAAGGCAACAAGCCACGGAUCUAGAAUUCCGACCUUAGGGCAAAACAGCAGAUCUGAGUUCCUACCACCGACAGGUUCUUGAAGUCUGGAACAUCCUUUUACAGUUCUGCUGCCGUCGAAAAAUGGACGCUAGAUCAGAGCUUUUGGACGGUAUUUUGGGUCAUCCUACUGCUGCAUCUUCUACCACUGAGCCUCUUUCCGCUCCUUUUCUUCCUCCUCGGCCUGGUCUCGCUGCUCCAUCUGCUACGGCCUAGCCUCUUUUUCCUGCAGCUCUUCCUCCUCCGCCUAGUCCCGUUGCUGCAUCUGCUGCGUCUGCCUCUGGCUCCAUGGACUACAAGAUAUGGAUCGACGCUGAUCCCACCAGCAAGGAAGAGGAGGAGCACGCGCCAGAUAGACGGAAAAGCGAGGCAGAGGAAGUACUUGUGGAGGCAACACGCUGGUAUCAAACCAAGGCGAAGGAUGCUCAGGAGAUGAUGAAGAAGUGGGAGAUCCAAGAACGGGGUGGAUCAAGAAGGGCGAGAGCGCGGGAAGCAAGGCGAAACGUGAGCGCGGGAGUUCAGGGAAGUUCGGAGGAUGUUCGGUUGCUGUCUCGGGUGGACAUGGUUCGGUAUUUGGACGACAGGGAUGGGUGGAAUCUGGCCGAGGGCGAAUGCUGCUUCAACCGUGCCGUGGGCUACCGUGCGCAGCGUGUACUCGGCAUGUUGAAUCUGGGUAAUUUCCGUCACCACGUGCGCAAGAAGCUGCCUUGCUCCAUCCGCCCUGCGCCACUGAAGCAGCAGCGCUGGGUCAAGUUCGAGGUUUCUACAAAUGCGCAGUUGCUGGUGGACGGGCGGAGUGUGGACAUGCCACCUCGCAUGCAGCUUGAACACAUGUGGGAGACGGCUCCCAUGUGGUGUGCGGAAGCCAUGCUUGUCGAGUGGAUGGCUGAGCCUCGUGUGGGCGUGCUCAUGGACUUGGUGCGAAUCCGAUCUCGCCUGCCAGCCAUUCUUGGUGCGGCGGCAGAUGCUGCAACAGAUGCUGCUCAAGAUGCUUCUGAUGCAAUGUGGUCCUGCUGCUGGCGCUGCAGCAGCUGCUGGGCUGCCUACCGCCGUGCUGUCAGUGUGGCAACUGUUCUCGUGCUUGUUGCAUCGUCACCCCGCAUCGUGACCUUAUGGAAAGCACACUUGGACUCACAUUUUCCGGCCUACCCCGCGCUUGUGGCUGAGCUGGGGGCGGGCAGGCAGGUGGAGAAGGACUGCUUUGCUUCCUUGCUGGUGCAGAUUCUUGGAGUGAAGGGAACUGCCGAACUUACGGAAAGUUUUGGGUUUUAUGCCCAGAAUCUGCUGUCAGGCGGCCUUGAGAAGGCCCAUGCGGAGAGGAUUGGAGGAUUGGAGGGUGUGGGAGGAGGGGAUACAGACCUCGUGGGGAGUGAGUGGGCCAAUGGGUUUGCUAACAACAGCCGAAGGAUUGGAAAGGUUGGAAAGUGGAGGGAGAACCUGAAGGGGCCUGUGUGGGAGAGAUAUGUGGAUGGCAUGGCUUGGAUUCUGAAGAAUAGAGGGGCGGAAGGGGCGGGUGUCAGGUGCAGCCACGGUAGUGAGGGUAGCAGCAGCGGCGGCGGCAGCAGCAGCAGCGGCAGGAAGAGCAGCAGGAGCGGAGGAGGCCGCGGCAGCAACAGCCAUGGCAACAGUUAUGCUAGUGGCAAUGGGGCAGUAGGAGAGGAUGCUCCCAAGGGUAUGUGUGUGAGCGGAGUGGAUGCAACAGAGUUCGCCCUUGCUGCUGCGACAGUGUACUCUAGUCCACAGUACUGGACGGGCGCUCAGGUGCUUCUCCUUGAUGCAAACAACUUUAACAAAACACGGGUGGACGAUGCUGCCAUUGAGGAGGCGAGGAGGAGGCUGGCAGGAGUGAGGCGCGAGGGAGGCAGCCGAGGUGGAGGCAAGGAUGCAGCCAUUGCGGAGGCAAGGGAGAGGCUGAGAAGCACGAGGCUGACAAGGGAGAUGCAUGGAGGAGGAGUAGGUGAUGGAAGAUCUGCGGCAGCAGCAGCAGCAGCAUCACCAACAGCGACAGAAUCUUUGGCCUCUGCAGCUACCAGCGCUGGUGCAAGUGGUUCUACUGACAUCAGUGCGAGUGGUUGCCUCAGCGCCGAACUUGUGCCCGUCAACUCAAACUCCAUGGUUGCUGCUUUGACGCAUCGGGCAGCUUGCGUCUUGACGUGGGUUCGAACCUACGGCUCAGAUUCCAUCUUGGAAAAACACUGCUGCCAAAACAGCCCACCAGGGAAGGCCCUGCCUAUGCGCCACCCGCUCCGGGACCUUCCGAACCUGCUGGUCAGGUUCGGUGCGAUCCCCAAGCCCAUGGAGGGAAGCAGCUUUUCUUUGGAGUGGGAGGAGUGGCCUGAGGGUGAUGAAACUGCUGUGAAGUUUCCAACCGACCCUAGAGAGAGGUGUUUCGAACUAGGGAUUGUGAACGAGCGUGGGGCAGCAGAGAAGGGUGGGCAGAAGCCAUCAGAGCAGGCAUUAAAAGCAGGAGAAAGCCGUGGGAUUGGAGGAGGACGAGAUGCCGGGGUGGUUGGCAAGGCUGUUGGGAGGGGAGGUGGAAGGAAUAGGGGCCAUGCAAGGGGUGACACGAGUAGGAGAGCGCUUCUCAUUCCAUCCCCACCCACCAGGAGCGACUUUCCCAUCGUCCGCUGCAAGGCAGACGUGGACUUUCUGGUGGGGUUUGCUGGUCGCUCCAUGAAGCCGCCAGCAUGCACCAAGUGCUUCAGCUGUUUCAACAUGUACACCACCAAGAUCCCCUUCCUUGCUCUCAUCGCCAACUAUGCUUAUCGCCCCGUCAGCGUCCUUUUCAACCGCUUCGUCUCUCACUUCCCCCUUCACUCUCCUGAGUACAACCGGCUCAUCGACUGCAUGUUUAACCCCCGGGAAGUGCCACGGCCUGUGAGCGUGUCUGUGAUGCGGGAGCGAGCCAAGCAGAUGCCCAUUCUCUUCCUCAUCAACGUGGCCCUCUGGUGGGGUAAGCAGCUUCUAGGGGUUGUAGCGGAACUCCUGACGAACAAGGCUGAAGGGAAGGGAGUGCAGGCAGCUGCAAGAGGAGAGUGUGCUGGUGAGGCCGGGAGGAAGGGUGGCAAGGGGAAGGGACCAGAGGGUUGGGACAGCGGGCAGGAUGAAGAUGAGGAGGAUGGGGAGGUGUGGGAGGAGGUUCGGAUGUGGUACAUUGGAGCAUCGGUCGCAUGGCCGGCCGCCCUGCGACCUGAUGGGAUGAUUGAAAAGUGCAGCGGCCACGAGGAGCAGGGGACUACGAAAAAUGUUACUUGGAUCUUGGAGAAGGCUGCCGUUCCACGGUUCUGUGAGGAGCUGCAGAGCCACUAUGCUCCCUGCAGCGGCAGUGCCAACAGCAGCAAUGGCGGCAGCAGCAGUGCCAGCAACAGCAAUGGUGGCAGCGGCAGUGCCAGCAGCAGCAGUGAUGGCAUCAGCGGCAGCAGCAAGAAGGAGGAGGUGCCGGCUUAUCUGAAGCCAUGGCCGGGGGGAGUCAAUCUGGUGGCAUGUCUGCGGGAGAUGCUGCUGGGGCAGCCUUGCUACCGCCCUCCCUCCCGUGCUGCCUCCUCCACCCCUGCUGCUGGUAACACUACUGUUGCAACCACUGGUUUUGCUGCCUCUGCUAGCGCUGCUGCUGCUGCUAGCGCUGCUGCCACUGCUGGCGCUGCUGCAACUGCUAGUGCUGCACCAAGCGCUGCUGCUCCGUCAAUUGGGGUUCCUUUCAGCACUGCUGGUGCAGCCACUUUGGAUACGGCAGCUGCUGCAAACUCAAAGGGCGUGGUUCUGGCUCCUUGCACAAUGCGUAUGUGCGGUGCUGAGGGGUGUGGGGGGGCGGAGGGCGGCGGUGUGAAGCUGAAGAGCUGCGCUGGGUGUGGCAAGGUGGCGUAUUGCAGCAGAGACUGCCAAAAGGCGCAAUGGCCCUCCCACAAGCUCACAUGCCCAGGCAGGACCGGUAAAAAGAGUGGGAAAGAUGGGAGGGGAGAUGGUGGCGGGACCAGUGGUCUGGAGGGGAGCAGUCACAGAGCCAUGGAUGGUACGGGAGAGAGUGGCAAGGAUGGUGUGAGGGAUACUGGCAGGGAUAGGUUUCUGGGAAGCGAAGAGUGAAGAGGAAAAAGGCAUGAUUGAAGGAGAGGGCUGCAGUGAAUGUGAAGGAUGAGGAGCAGGCGUAUACAGGGGAGCACGGAGAGAUUGAUGGACAGCACUAGGGACAGUGGCAGGCAUGGUGUGAGGGAUACUGGCGACAAAAGGUUCGUGGCAGAUGAAGAAUGAGAGGCCAAAGGCGAAGCUGACUGAGAGGGUUGCAGAAAAUGUGAAGGAUGUGCGGAGCAGGCGUGUUGGGGGGAGCAACACCAGCUAGGGACAGCGGCAGGGACAGUGGCGGUGACAGUGGCAUGGACAGUGGCAGGGAUGGUGUGAGGGAUGCUGGCAACAGAAGGUUUGUGGCGAACGAAGAAUGAGAGACCGAAGGCGAAGUUGAAGGAGAGGGCUACAGUGAAUGUAAAGGAUGUGCGGAGCAGGCAUCUAGGAAGGAGCAACAACAGCUACAGAAAGUGUCAGGGAGGGUGCCAGGGAUGGUGGCAAGGGCAGUGGCAGGAAUGGUGGCAAAGACAGUGGCAGGGACAGUGAUAGGGACAGUGGCAGGGACAGUGGCAGGGAGGGUGGCGGACAGAGAUAGGUAAAAGGCAAGUGAAGAAUGCGAGGUUCAAGGUGAGGAUGAGGGAGAUGGCUGCUGAAAAUGUGAAAGAUGUACGUAGCAGGCGUGUUGGGGGGAGCAACACCAGCUAGGGACAGCGGCAGGGACAGGGGCAGGGACGAUCUCAGUGAUGGUGGCAGCGACUGUGACAGAGACAGUGGCAGGGAGCGUGGCAGAGAUGGUGGCUGACAGGGAGGGUGGCAGGGAGGGUGGGUGGCGGACAGGGAGGGUGGCGGACAGGGAUAGGUGCAUGGCAAGUGACAUCCCCAAAAAGUGAUAACCCAAAUCUAGCCCAAAAAUGUCCCAAAGUCGACUUGAAGGUCUAGGGGCUGGCUCGGAUCCCAGAAGUGGCAUUUUGUGUUAGAAUAACGCAAUGAACUAGAUUGUGCCAUGUAGGGAGGUUUUGUGCUAUGGUGCUGUACCCUCUAUGAGCAUGCACCUAUCUAGCCUAUAACAUA